CCCCUUUGUCCGGACUGCAGCCAUGGCCACCUCGGCGAGCUCCCACCUGAGCAAAGCCAUUAAACACAUGUACAUGAAGCUGCCGCAGGGGGAGAAGGUCCAAGCCAUGUACAUCUGGAUCGAUGGGACAGGAGAGCACCUCCGCUGCAAAACCCGCACACUGGACUACGAGCCCAAGAGCCUUGAAGAUCUCCCGGAGUGGAAUUUUGAUGGCUCCAGCACCUACCAGUCUGAAGGCUCCAACAGCGACAUGUACCUGCGACCUGCUGCCAUGUUUCGGGACCCUUUUCGCAAGGAUCCCAAUAAACUAGUUCUCUGCGAGGUCUUCAAAUACAACCGCCAGUCUGCAGAAUCAAAUCUCCGACACACCUGCAGGCGGAUUAUGGAUAUGGUGUCCAACCAGCAGCCCUGGUUUGGGAUGGAGCAAGAGUACACUCUCCUGGGGACAGAUGGACAUCCAUUUGGCUGGCCAUCCAAUGGGUUCCCUGGACCCCAAGGUCCUUACUACUGUGGUGUAGGGGCAGACAAAGCCUAUGGCAGGGACAUUGUGGAGGCUCACUACCGAGCGUGCCUUUAUGCUGGAGUGAAAAUUGGAGGAACCAACGCAGAAGUGAUGCCAGCCCAGUGGGAGUUCCAGGUGGGACCAUGCGAAGGGAUUGAGAUGGGGGAUCACCUCUGGAUCGCACGCUUCAUCCUCCAUCGGGUGUGUGAGGACUUCGGUGUCGUUGUGUCCUUCGAUCCCAAACCCAUCCCUGGGAACUGGAACGGUGCUGGUUGUCACACCAACUUCAGCACCAAGAGCAUGAGGGAAGACGGAGGUCUCAAGCACAUCGAAGAGGCCAUUGAGAAGCUGAGCAAGCGUCACCAGUACCACAUUCGUGCCUAUGACCCCAAGGGGGGGCUGGACAAUGCCAGGCGCCUGACAGGUUUCCACGAGACAUCCAACAUCAAUGAGUUCUCCGCUGGCGUGGCCAACCGCGGCGCCAGCAUCCGCAUCCCCAGGAACGUGGGCCAUGAGAAGAAGGGCUACUUUGAGGACCGCCGGCCCUCCGCCAACUGUGACCCCUACGCUGUGACAGAGGCCCUCGUCCGCACGUGUCUCCUCAACGAAACCGGAGAUGAGCCUUUUGAGUACAAGAACUAAGCAGACUGCGCCCACAGACACCGCCUUCCCCCCGUGCUUCCCACACCCCUAAACUUCCCUUCUAGAUGUAAUCCCAAGGGUACAAGAUAACAUGUUUUGUGUCUCAGUAA